CGCCAGAACCAGGAUUCGGUUCACUCCGGCACUCCAGCGCUCGUACUCAGGCCGCUUUCCCUCCUCCUUAGUGGUCCCCUUCUCUAGGGCGGGGAGAGAGGAAGUGGGGACCCAGCGGGCUCCUAAAGGCAGCUUCCCUCCAGCAGGAGGCCUGAGAAGUGGGUGGUGGCGGGAGGGCGGAGACAGGGCGCGGCCCUUGGAGAGCGUGAGGCUCCUUGCCCUACUGCGGGCUUGCAGUGGCUGGGGUACAGAAGCCUUGAACGUUGGGGAAAUGGCGGCACGCAGUAUGGGCUGCGGUGUCCAGCGGCUCCUGAGCAUUCUGCAUGGCCACACUGGACCGCGGGGGUGGCUGCCGAGCCGAGUGAGCCCGAGGCGGAGAGGGGCCUCCAGGCUCCCCGGCAGCACACCUGCUGCUGUGGACCCAGCGCAGCCCGCUUCUUACCCUACGCUGAGUGUGCUGGCUAGUCGGCAGCCCGCCGCCUUCUGGGGGCCGCUGGCGCGGGAUACGCUAGUGUGGGACACCCUCUACCACACCGUCUGGGACUGUGACUUCAGGAGCGGCAAGAUCGGCUGGUUCCUGGGAGGCCAGCUGAACGUGUCUGUCAACUGCUUGGAUCAGCACGUUCAGAAGUCCCCAGAGAGUGUUGCUUUGAUCUGGGAGCGAGACGAGCCUGGAACUGAAGUGAGGAUCACCUACAGGGAACUGUUGGAGACCACAUGCCGCCUGGCCAACACAUUGAAGAGGCACGGAGUUCAUCGAGGGGACCGUGUGGCAAUCUACAUGCCUGUUUCCCCACUGGCUGUGGCUGCAAUGCUUGCAUGUGCCAGGAUUGGAGCUGUCCACACAGUCAUCUUUGCUGGCUUCAGUGCGGAGUCCUUGGCUGGGAGGAUCAAUGAUGCAAAGUGCAAGGUGGUUAUCACCUUCAACCAAGGACUGCGGGGAGGGCGUGUGGUGGAGCUGAAGAAGAUAGUGGAUGAAGCUGUGAAGCACUGCCCAACCAUCCAGCAUGUCCUGGUGGCUCACAGGACAGACAACAAGGUCCAAAUGGGGCAUCUGGAUGUCCCCCUUGAGCAGGAAAUGGCCAAGGAGAACCCUGUGUGUGCCCCAGAAAGCAUGGGCAGUGAGGACAUGCUCUUCCUGCUGUACACCUCUGGAAGCACUGGGAUGCCUAAGGGCCUCGUGCAUACCCAGGCAGGCUACCUGCUCUAUGCUGCCAUAACACACAGGCUUGUGUUUGACUAUCAGCCAGGAGACGUCUUCGGCUGUGUGGCUGACAUUGGCUGGAUCACUGGACACAGCUAUGUGGUAUAUGGGCCCCUCUGCAAUGGAGCAACGACUGUCCUUUUUGAAAGUACUCCUGUUUACCCUGAUCCUGGUCGGUACUGGGAGAUGGUGCAAAGGUUGAAGAUCAAUCAGUUCUAUGGUGCCCCUACAGCUGUCCGGCUGUUGCUAAAAUACGGUGACACCUGGGUGCAGAAGUAUGACCGCUCAUCCCUGCGGACUUUGGGGUCAGUGGGAGAACCAAUCAACCAGGAGGCCUGGGAGUGGCUCCACAAUGUGGUAGGGGAGAGCAGAUGUACACUGGUAGACACCUGGUGGCAGACAGAAACAGGUGGCAUCUGCAUUGCACCACGGCCCUCAGAAGAAGGGGCAGAAAUCCUCCCCGGCAUGGCGAUGCGGCCCUUCUUUGGCAUUGUCCCAGCUCUUAUGGAUGAGAAGGGGAAUGUCGUGGAGGGCGGCAAUGUUUCUGGGGCUCUGUGCCUCUCUCAGGCCUGGCCAGGCAUGGCUAGGACCAUCUAUGGAGAUCAUCAGAGAUUCAUGGAUGCCUACUUCAAGGCUUAUCCAGGCUACUAUUUCACUGGAGAUGGAGCUUACCGAACCGAGGGAGGCUAUUACCAGAUCACAGGGCGGAUGGAUGAUGUCAUCAACAUCAGUGGCCAUAGGCUGGGGACUGCAGAGAUUGAGGAUGCAAUGGCUAGCCACCCUGCAGUGCCGGAGACUGCUGUCAUUGGCUACCCCCACAACAUUAAAGGAGAAGCUGCAUUUGCCUUCAUUGUGUUGAAAGACAAUGCAGGUGACUCGGAUGUGGUGGUGAGUGAACUCAGGUCUGCAGUGGCCUCCAAGAUUGCCAAGUACGCUGUGCCCGAUCAGAUUCUGGUAGUGAAACGUCUUCCAAAAACUCGGUCUGGAAAAGUUAUGCGGAGGCUCCUGAGGAAGAUAAUCACAGACAGAGCUCAUGAUCUAGGGGACAUCACCACCCUGGAGGACCCCAGCAUCAUUGCAGAAAUACUAAGUGCCUACCAGAAGCACAAAGACAAGGGGGCUGCUGGUCAGUAAUGGGCUGUGACUAAAACCCAGUGCCCAAGAUCCGAACUUGUCCUUCUAGAAAAUAGUUCUUAGUUGACUUGUUUUUAGAUGUCCCAGAGUUGUCCUCUCCCAGCACAUAACCCUCACUGCCCCUAAUGUAAGGUCAAUGCUAAAAUCUCUUCUUUCUUUCUGUUGGAGAACCCAUGCAGGGAUACUGUCAAAUGUAGUUAGUGUUUGUUCUAUUGUCUUAAAUUUGGUUUCCUUGAAUGAAAAGUCUCUGUUUCUGUGCCCUUUCCUAACAGCAGAGGAAGGUGAAAAACCUGGUAAAAUGUGUGUCUGCUCAGAUGACUGAGAAAUAGAAGCAAUUAUGUUUUCCAGAUGUUUCUAGAUAUAAAAGGCAGAGAUUUUAUUUUUAUACUUUUAUAUUUUGGAAGAAUAAUAUUCAAACACACAUGUGGAAUGUGUGAAUUUGCUUGUACACACUCUUUGUAACAUUUAGAGUUAUGAACAUCUUGUCUGCUUUCACUCAUGGGAAACAUGGAGAGGAUCCGAUGUUGUACUUUUAAUUAUUGUUUGGCAUAUUUGGAAAUCUGAAUUGGAAGGGUUUGUACCUCAGUCUAAACACAGCUCUCUUGAGAAUGCUUGAGCCUGCAGCAUCCCUUUUUUUGAUAUAAAUUUCUAAUUCUCUUGGUUUGUGUACAAUUAAACCCAACUUGUAAAGUGGUGGCAUGAAUGUGCUCACCUUUGAGUUCUAAAGCUAUUCCAGUCACAUGUUCUGUUUCUCCAAGCUGUGAUCUGGAAAGAUUUUCCCCUACCAACCUUGGAUACCUCUUGGUAGGAGAUCAACAUGUUCCAAAUUUGUGGGGUGGUUCAGGGAAGCCAGUGAAAACUCAGGUAACUUAGAGCACUGAUUUGUCUAGAACUGGAUCCUCGCAAACUCUACCUGCUCUUCAUUCUGUCAUUGGGGCAUAAGAACCAUAGAGGUCCAGUGACGAGAGCUGGAGCUCUGAAUCAAGUUUCUUUCUUUCAAAUGUGCCAUAAGUCCUCUGAAAGUUAGCAAGAUGAUGUAAAUCAUCAAGUCAAAAAGUAUUUGUUUAUUAGCCAAGCAUGCCAGAGAUGAUGGUGUGGAGUACAGGAAGGUACCCUGCUGAGUUAGAUCCUUGAGGACAGGAAAAGGUUAUCCUUGUCUUUCCCUCACAGUCUGCGGUGACUUGCACCUGUUUAGGUAUUCAAGGGAUGUCUAGGAUACUGAAUAUAUACUGUGGACUGUACCUGCACUGGCCUCUCUGGUGAUUAGGCAAAUAUACCUGUGACACCCAGUGGGCUGGGCAGUGGCUGUAUACUGAGUGAUGGUCUGUUGUUACCAUGCUUAGCCACAGAGAACUAUGCACCUGAACCUUUCACAUUUGUGGUAGACUUGGAAGACUGUAGUUAUGGUGCUAUUUAUGAAAUGGCUUAGAUGUAAACUUGCAGUGACCAGGGCCUCAGAAUGAUCUGUAGGACAGCACAAAUAAAGCUUUAUUUUGUUCAUUCUCUUCUGUUUGUGGUGUGGUUUUUGUUGUUGUUGUUGUUGUUUUUU